AUGUCCGAAACUAAUAAUCUAAGACCGGCUUAUGAUGAUGAUCAGCCUGGUGAAGAAGCUUACAAGAGAGGUAAUCAAUACAAGUGGACUAAAGCUCGUAAAGCCGAUUAUGAAGAGACUGGAGAUGACACAGAAAGUUCUAAUAAAAAAGCAAAGAUUGACCCAACUGCUGAAGUGAAAAUCUCGGGCAAUGAAGAAGUCAAAGAGAAAAGGCUGCCAAAGAGGAAGGUCGCUGUAAUGAUCGGGUACUGUGGAACCGGCUACCACGGUAUGCAGUACAACCCACCAACACCAACUAUAGAGGCGGAGCUUUUCAGAGCGUUCGUUGAGGCCGGUGCGAUUUCGCAAGCAAACUCGAAGGAUCUCAAGAAAAGCGGUUUCAUGAGAGCAGCCAGAACCGACAAAGGAGUUCAUGCCGGCGGUAAUGUUGUCUCGCUCAAACUUAUCAUUGAGGAUCCAGAUAUCAUUGCAAAAAUCAACUCCAAACUACCCGAAGGCAUCAGGGUCUGGGAUAUCGAGCGUGUCAACAAAGCUUUUGAUUGUAGGAAAUUAUGUGGUUCGCGCUGGUACGAGUACCUUUUGCCAACUUAUUCCCUGGUAGGCCCCAAGCCUGGCAGUGCCCUCUACAACGAUAUUGAGGCGAGCAAGAAGGAGAUACCCGGCGUCAUGCCCGAUGACGAAGAAAGUGCUAAAUUUUGGGCUAGCUUUUUUGAGGAAAUUGAGCAGAAGUUCACGCCUGAAGAGCUAGAAUUGAUCAAGUCGUAUACUCCUCCACCUAGAGACGAGUUCGACGAUGAUGAUCCGACGUACCAGUUAGUGAAAAACUACAAGUUGAUAGAAAAUGCUCACCGCAGGGCCUAUCGGAUCUCAGAAAGCAGGCUUGAGGCGUUCCGCGCCGCGAUGAAACAGUACUUGGGUCCUCAUAACUUCUUUAACUUUACCUUGGGUAAAGAAUUCAAAGAUCCAAGUGCAAUCAGGUUUAUGAAGGAAAUUAAAGUUUCUGACCCUUUUGUGAUUGGCGAGAGAAACACUGAGUGGGUAUCCAUUAAAAUACACGGCCAGUCAUUUAUGCUUCAUCAAAUUCGUAAAAUGAUUUCAAUGGCUACGCUUGUUACAAGAUGCUCCUGCCCCGUCGACCGCAUCACAGACGCCUACAAACCACAGAAAAUUAACAUUCCAAAGGCUCCCGCUCUUGGGUUGUUACUAGAGUGCCCCGUUUACGAAGGCUACAACAAGAGAUUGAAGGAGUUUGGUUACAAUCCCAUUGACUUUAGCAAAUAUCAAGACAAAAUGGAUGAGUUCAAAAUGAAACAUAUCUACGACAAGAUUUAUCAGGAAGAAGUCAGCGAGAACGUGUUCAACGCGUUCUUUAGCUAUAUUGACAACUUCAGCCAAGUCACCGGUGCCCAGUCUGUAGAUGAUGGAACAGCAAACCCGGCUUCAGCUCAAAAAAGCGUGUUCGACUUUUUGACAGCGAGAGGAAUCGUUCCUUCUACUGAGGAAUCGCCGAAAAAAGAGGCUGAAGAGGCACCCCAAACCGCUGCUCCCGGUGCUAUUUCCACAUCGCCAAGCGAAGGAGAAAUGGAGGCUUCGACGAAUAAUCCAUCCAAGCCAAGUUCGAACGAGCCCAAUGUGGUGUAA